AUGGACUCGGCCAGAUAUAGGAGCCCUCCGCAGCCUCCUCCCCUGUUCAACGGCACGGCCGAGUCGAUACUCGCCACCAUAAAUGCCGCGCUUGAUCGGCAUCGGGCCGUCCUUGAUAGGGUAGUGGCCCAAGUCACCCCCGCGACCGCUACGUUCGACACGGUCAUGAAGCCCAUCCUCGAGAGCGAGAACGAGGCCGACAAGGUAAAGUGGGUGAACGGCUUCUACCAGCUCGCAUCUCCCGACCCAGCACUGCGCGAUGCUUCCCGCCAGGUCGAAGAGCUCAUCGACGCGUUCGACAUUGAAUGCAACACCCGGGAAGACCUGUUUGCCCUCAUCGACGCGGCGCACGCCACCCGACACAGCCAGGGACUGGACGGGGAGAGUCUCCACCUGCUGGAGAGGGAGUGGCAGCGAAACGUCCAGAACGGGCUGUUGCUGCCUGCGGGACCUGACCGUGAGCGCUUCAGGGAGGCGCUUCAGGAGAUCAGUAGCCUCUGCCUGGCCGCGCAAAAGGUCCUGGACGAGGACACCGGCGGCGUGUGGUUUCGGCCGGAGGAGCUCGAGGGAAUCCCCGCAGAUGCCGUUAAUAUUGGUGACCUGGAGAAGGGCACGGGAGAAAACGAGGGCAAGGUCAAGGUCACGUUCAAGUACGAUCACCUGAUCCCGCUGUACACCUACGCGAUACACGAAGCCACAAGGCGGACAUAUAUGCUUGCGGUGGUCAGCAGGGCAAACGUGAACGCCCCCUUGUUCCAGCGCAUCAUUGAACUGCGCGACGAGGCCGCGCGGCUCGUCGGCUUCGACAACCACGCCGAGUUUCGCAUCAGCGCGCGCAUGGCCAAGACGCCCGCCCGCGUCCACGCCAUGCUCCAGACUAUCCUCGACCUCACCGAGGAUGGCGUCCGCGCCGACGUCGCCGCCCUUCUCCGCCACAAGCAGGCCGACUGCGUGGCACGUGGCGCCCCCUUUGACGGGACCCUGCACUUCUGGGACCGGCUCUUCUACAGCCGCGUGCGGCGCGAGGUGGAGUUUGGCGUCGACGAGGCCGCCGUGGCGCAGUACUUUCCCGUGGGACCGACCGUCGCCGCCAUGCUCGCCAUGCUCGGGGAGCUGUUCGGCCUCGUCUUCGUGCGGAUGGACGAGGAGGCGGACCGCGCGCGGAUCAGCCCAACGGGACGCGCCGGGGACGUGGCGUGGCACCCGGACGCGAGCCUCUACAGCGUCUGGGACGACGAUGACGACGAGCAAGGCGGCGGCGCGUUCUGCGGCUACCUCUACCUCGACCUGCACCCGCGCGACGGCAAGUACGGCCACGACGCGUGCUUCACCCUGCAAUCCGGCUUCACGCGGCCCGACGGCCGCCCGUUCCACCCCUCCGCCGCGCUCCUCUGCAACCUGCCCGGACCCGCCGCCGAGGGGUCCAAGCCGGCGCUGCUCCACCACGCCGACGUCGUCACCGUGCUGCACGAGCUCGGGCACGCGGUGCACUGCCUCGCGGCGCGCUCGACGCACGCGCGCGCGCGCGACGUCGCCGCCGACUUCCUGGAGGCGCCGUCGCAGAUGCUCGAGAACUGGUGCUGGACGCCGAGUGCGCUGCGGCGGCUGUCCGGCGUGCCGAUCCCGGAGGAGCUGGUGGCCCGGCUGGUGGCGGCGCGCGGGGUCAACGCGGCGCUGGACGCGCGGGACGCGGCGCACACGGCGCUGUUCGAUAUGCGCGUGCACUCGGGCGAGUCGCCGGCGCACGUUCGGGGGAUGGACUGUGGUAGGCUGUGGAACGAGCUGCGGACGGAUCUCACCGGGCUUCAUGGGCCGGGGGACAUGGGAAUGGACUGGGGCAACGGACACCUGAUCGUCGACCACUUCAUCACGGGCUACGACGCCGGGUAUUACGGCUAUCUCUUCUCCGAGGUCUUCUCGGCGGACAUGUUCCACGCGGCGUUUAAGCAGGAUCCCAUGGAUGGGGCGCAGGGCCGGCGGUAUCGCCACCUUGUCCUGGAACGGGCCGGCACGAUGGAUGAGAUGCAGUGCCUGAUCGAGUUCCUAGGUCGCGAGCCGGACCCGAGGGCCUUUUUCGAAGACAGGGGGCUAACAAAGUCUUGA